ACAUGGCUUACUUCUGACCUUUCAAAAUGACUUUGCUUGUGUGCUCAUUGUUAAGAAGACAAAUCUGAUACCCCCCCCCCCGCCCCCCGAUUUAAUGGCAUCAGUGGCUGUGUAUAGAAAUGCAUGUUGUGACUAGAACCUUAAUUAAGCCAUAGGUGGUGUUUGUGAAUCGUGUAUGUAAAGUUUUAAUUCUGCUGAAAAUAAGACCUCAUGGUGGAGUGGAGCUGGGCUUGGCUUUGUUUGCUCUCCAGUGUUUUCUGCUUCUUUUUCCUUUCCCUGUUACCCAUCUCCCAGCGGACUGUGUUCCUUUCUGUCUUGCCUGGGAGACUGCUCCUCUCUAAUAAGCCUAACUGCAGGAUCAGUGUGUUCUUUUUGGCAUUUGAAAAUGUUAAAAUAGUGAAAUUGUUAAAUGUUAUCCAGAUGAAACUGCUCAGAAUUAUAUUCUCCAAAAGAACCAUGGUAUUUGUGACAUGCUAUGGGUUACAGACCAUCCUGAAGGAAAACUCCACGAAUCGUUUUAUCUAUUUUCUCAAGAAGGAAGCAGCCCCAGUUGAUUGUGUUGAUAAGUGUUUAGUAUGCUCUGUCAGCUUAUGAAUUACGAAAGCCAAGCCCGUGAAACUCUCCAAAACAAUCUAUGGCAUUCUCCUGCGUUUUGACUUAGGAUGAACAUUAGCUGCCAGGAUGUGUAGACAGGUUCUUUGGUUGUCUUGUAUAUUGGUCUUUGAAAUUAGACUUGGACUUACUAUAUGAGAAAAAGCUUUAUUAAAUAGAGCUUAUCUGACAGUUUAGAGUUCAUGGCACUCACCAAAUGCUUCUUCCCAGAAAGCAGUUGGCCUGAUACAUAAUCUCCUCUAACUAGCUAUUCAGGAAUUUACAAGGAAAAAAGUAACAAAUUGAAUUUAGAUACUGAUAACACAUUUAUACCUAAGAACACACAAUUGGUAAAGAGCAAUUUGGUCAUAGCUUCUUGAAUUAGGUCAGUGCAAUGCAGUCUCUCCUCUAGGAUACUGCCCGUUAUUCUUGGGGGUAAUCACGUUUGGUUAGUUGCAUAAGGAACACAGUUCAGAGCUUGGGUUCCCAGCAUUUUUAAAGGAUGUUGGGUCUUCCCAGUUGAAGACUCUUCUAUCCUGUUUUGGUAGUCAUCAUUUCUGACUGAUCUGGUAGAGUGAACCCAGCCUCUGGAUUUAAAUUAUUUAUAAUUCUGGUUUUUUUUGUUUUUUUUUUUUACUGUAAACCAAGACUGCACAGUGCUUGAAACACUACCAGGGCUGAGUCACAGACUGCAUACCUGCAUAUUUUCAGAGACACACAGUCGUGCUUAUGUUUCUCUUACUGGGUGGUGGAUAAUGAAAAGAGCACAGGGGAAUUAAAAACAUCAUUUAUGUAUUUGAACUCUGGAUUUUGUAUCUUCUUUCCCAGAUCUCCAGUUCUUUCCCAAUCUCGUUCGUAUAAAAAUGUUAACUUUAUGUUAUAAAUGCACAGAUUCUGUUUUGUGUGGGUUGGGACUUCAACACUUCCCCACUGAAUUGCUAAUUCCUUAAUAACUAUUUAAUUCACUUAGCUGUAUGUUCUUAGAUUAGAUUAGAUUCGUCUUAUAAAGUUCACUUCAGAUUCUAAAGUAUUUCUUGGACUAAAAGAAGUGAUGUCAUCCAGAAUAUCAAUGCUUUCAAACUCUAUACUGCAAAAGUUACAAAACUGAAUGGGUAGGCACACUUUUGUACCUAUGCACGAGCAAACUUUUUCAUUGAUGUGUAUUAUAGAUAAAAUAAAAAAUGUAGGUACAUUGACUUUUUAGAUAGGCAAAAACACCAUUCUGAUUUUUAAAUGAAUACUGCAAUUUUGGGAAAAUGUCCAAGUUCAAAGCAAGUAUACAGAUGGACCCAGAAGACUCCAAGCAAUGGAAAGUGUUCACAUUGAAUUAAAGCAAGACGGUUAUGUUUUCCAGGGUAGGUGGAGAUCUGCUCUAGUCUUGUGUGCUCUAAGAAUCUUAUACAUAGUCUAGGACGAGGAUGAGCAUCAACACAUUUGAUUACAAUUUUAUCAUAAACACCAUUGUUUGUGAUGGGUUAAAGACAGCUUUUUGCUAGUCUUGAUAAUUCAUAGUUUUGGAUAUCAGAUCUAUACCAAUUGGCAGGAAAAAAAAUCACAAAACACGUGUUAAAGUAGCCCUAUUUGCUUCAUAUUUCAAACAUUAUCAUGUUAUUACAAGGAUGUCAAAAUAGUAGGAAGUGUGGGAGAGCAAAAGAGGUGGGUUAACUUUAGUACCGACCAUGACCUCUUACCAUGAUUCAAUUGCUUAAUCUUAUAGGAAUGUUUUCCUUGAACUUGGCACAUGGAUACUGGGUGUGCUUAUGACAGAUGGUCAAUGACAGGUCAAAGUCAUUCCUUGAAAGAAACCAGUGUGGUGACCUGUAAUUUGGAGCAGAAAAUACCUAGUAAAAGUGUUCCUGAGCUAUGGUUCUUCCCCAAGCAGGGUAUCUUGGCAGAAGAGAGCACAUUCCAAUAUAGAAUUUUCUCUAGGACAUCUAGUUGGCAAGUACCAGAAGAGUUCUCCAUCCCCCGCUGAUACUUUCCCAGUGUUUGAGGACUUCUCCUCACACAUGAGUGUUGAGCAAUAUUGGGACUUUAAUUGGAAAGUGACCAUGAAAUUCUCGAGGACCACAGGAGUUGAGUUUUUAAAGUGUUUUUUUUUUCCUUUUUAAGGAAGAACCAUUUGUUCCCCAAACAUGCGUUAAUGGGCCUGAUGUUUGUCUUGGCAGUGACCCGAGUCCUGCUCCGGCCUCAACUGGAGAGAUUUUUUUUACACCUGUACUUUAGGAAUACUUUUGAAGUCUUGUUUUCUUUGUUUUGUUGUCAUUCGUUUUUGAAUAAAUGUGUUGGAACUCUUCCUAUGAGAACCCUUGUUUGAACAAGUGUUUGUGUUUCAUUGUGUUGGUUGCAUCACUGCCAUGUAUUUUGUACUUUUGAAUAAAUUUCAUAAACGUGAUUUUGCAAUUUUUGGAGGGGAACUCAAAGGAGAGUUUUUCCCCUUAACAGUAGAGUAAUUUAUUAUUUAAUGUUACCUUCCUACUCUUGUUUGCAUUCUUAGUUAUGAAAACUGAACAGAUAUGAUACUUUUGACUUGAUUCCUUACUAUUUUUAUUAAUCUUAAAUAGCAUUUAAAAACAUUUUUUAACUUUGGGAGAGAAGGUGCAGUCUAAUUUCCCAUAUUUAAUAAUGUAAUAUCUAUUUUUUUCCAACUAGCAAAUUCCAUGCCAUUGCUUUUUAAAGAAAAGCAGAAGCAUCUUUCAGAGCUGUGCCAGGCAAUCUGUUGUGGUGGUUUAAUACACUGACAAACGCUCUCACAAACUGUAUAUGCAUAUUUAAAUAUAAUUAAAAUACAACAUAAUCAGGAUUUUUUAGUUUUUCAGUUUGUGCUUCGAUGGGAAGGUCCCUCUCUACCCUUUACCAUUUCUUUAGCCAUUACUUGGAGCCAUAUUUUGAGACAAGAAAAUUGUAGUCAAUAUGAUAAUUGAGUUGGAAGGAGAGCUGCAUUCAGACUGCUGAGGAAUCGUAGUAUGCUUAGAAAUAAUUUGAAAUUGUGUCUUAAGUCCCUGCCUUUUUGGACAUUUGUAUUUGGCAAUUUUACAACACUGAUUUCUAUAGCAAGUAAAUCAACAUUCCAAAGUUUGAGAUCCCCUGUCUUUCCAUUCAUAUUUGCUUUUCAUUCAGCAUUCUUUAAGAAUCCAAUCCAUGGAUUCUUUAAGGGACACUCAGCUGAAUGCUGUGUGACUAUUUUGGCUGGUUAAAAUAUCAACUAACUUCAAUAUGUCACUAGCCAGAAUUUGUACAUUUUCCUUACCCCUCCCACAAGAAGUGAGCAAGGACACGUGAAGGGAUAAAAAGGAAAACUGGGUAGUUUAACAUAUAACUGAAAUGGGGAGGGGAAAGUUUUUUCCAAGAAUUCUGUAGUCCUGACUCUGUGGGAAUUUGGCUUUGAGAAUAUUUAACUACCUUGAGAAGUAACAUUUAACUUCUCAUAAAACUAAGAGGGAAUAAUGAUAGAGUAACCUGGGAUUCAUCUUCAUUGAAAUAAUCUGGAAAUGGUUGCUCAGAGUUUAUACAUUUGGAUAUUUUUGGAUAUAUUUCUACAUGCUUAUAGCUCCUAGGUACUUAUAAAAAGAUACCAGUUGUGGUUGUACUGGUCUCAGAUCCUAGCAGCAAAAGUCUACAGUGAGUCCCUGCCUCUGCAAAGUCUCCAUGUUCCUUUCCUCUGACACAUUACUUUAUGGUUAGGGAGUAAAGAAGAGACACAAAUGUUUCCCACAUAAGCAAAUGAGCUGAGGCGUUAAUUUCUUUGACUCCCUAAAAACUCCUUUAUGCUCAGCAGCUAAAGUUUUCUUCUCAGUGUUGUUUAAGAAAUGUGUUGCAGUCCUGUAAAACUGAAUUGCGAGGUUUGUAAAUAGAACUAGGGAAAAAUGAGUUUCUUUGCUUACCUUUGCCUACUGGGUUGGUGUGGUUUGCAUCUUUGAGUUACUUUACUGGAUAAAAUGUUACAGGAUGUUUCCAGAAAAAGUCUAGAGGAGCCCUCCAAUCCUACUCUGACUUGCUGGCUCGACUGCUGCUCCUGUGUUGCAGUUGGACAGGAGUAUCCUGGCCCCUGCCCUCUGCCUCAGAGAGCUAUCUUAGAAUGUGAGAGCUCUCCUGUUUCUUGUACUCGUCACCCAUACUCACGAACAAUCUGUCCUCUCACGCAGACUCCAGUCGUCUUAAAGCACAACCUCCACCCCCUUUUGGGCUUUUUUCAUGGGUUUCAUCACUUUAACCAGCGGUUCUUAAAUUUCAGAAAUAUUUCCUGGAGGCCUUGUUAACAGCACAGAUGUGGCCAACUAACCCUAGCAUUUCUAACUCCAUCGAUCCAAACUGAAUUUGCACUCAUUAGUUCCCAGAGGCUGCCCUGCUGCUGUCUUGGAGAACACCACUGGCCCGUGCGUGAAGCGUGUUGCACGUGGAAACCACUGCUGACCUUCAGACUGGUCUCGAGGUGUGCAGGCGACGAGCUACCUGCUCAAGCUCACCUGUCCUUUUUCUUCAAGUCAUUCCUCCCAAACACUGUCAGUUCCAGCUCAGUUCAGAAUGUCGUAACUGUGCCACACGACUCCCAGAAUCAGUUUGACCUUGUGUAUGCACAAUGGCAUGGAGGUUCUGCCCUUUCCUGCACUUGCACGCUUCCAAAUCCUAUCAUGGUGUUGCUUUUGCAUUGUCUCCUGCCUAGUACUUCUACAUUCCCGUGUAGCUAACCGUUUACGUCUUGUGAGCUCACUUUGGCUUAUGUCUUGUGCUGCUAGUAUGCACUGAAAAAAUUUUCCGAACAUUCCAACUAAAGUAACUAAUACUUCCAUUUGUAGUUUUAAAUAUAUUUUAAAAAGGAAAUCCUGGACUUAAAUGACAAUGUAAUUCAUUUAAAAUUAUGCCAACGAGAGAAUAAUAGGAAGGGAAUUGGAUUAUUUAGAAACUUUCCCUGUUCCCAAUAAAUACGAUUAUUGGAGCUAAUAUUUGCUUCUCUUGUGAAAUAUUUCAUAUUAGUCCUGAUAAUAAAAACAUUAGUUUCCAUUAAUUUUUAUCUCAGAGUUAGUUAUGAUCUGUGUUGAUAAUUUCAUGUUUGCAAGUUAGAUAAAUAUUUCAUAAAACAGAAAUGAGCUUCUUGCUAGAAUUGAGGCUGAGCUCCUGAGACCUCCCAUUUCACUUUCAGUAUCUCUUGGCGUACACAUAUUUGUUUUCAGUAGAAUUUUUCUUUACUAAUUCUUAAUUACUUUCUUGAGGCAAAAUUCCAAAUAUUCACAAUUAAUUUUUAUUAAUAUAUUGAAUUUUCUCAAUGCCUCUACCUUAGAAAAAUAAUUAGAAAUUUAAUUUUUGUAGGCAGUAGUAAUAGCCAACUUUAACCCUCAUAACAUAUUUUCUUUAUAUUAUAAUUAAUUCAGCUGUAAAUUUAUGAAAUAUUGCAGCAGGGAAAGUUACUCAACCGAAGUGAGAGCUGUGUCCAGUGAAUGGAAUAACAAGUUGAUUCCCAUGGGCUUAUCAAGGCCACUCUAUCUAGUGGCUGAGUUUAGUUUUCACAUAACUUCUCUUGACAGGCCAUUUGGGAAAGAUGAGUGCUUAGCACUCACUUGGGAAAGGAAAAAAGUCUAAUAUAAGAACACUUCUAUACGUCUUUAAAGGUAUAUCAGUAGCAUGUACUGGGAUCCACUCAAGGCUGGAUGCAUUGCAGGGAUCUCUUUCACAGGGUAAUUGUUUUAGUUUAUCUUGCUUCAGAGUCCACAAGAACCAGAGGCAAAAGUGGGCACCUGAUCAUUGCAGAUGACUUCUGCAGACCGCAGUGUAAGUCUGAUUCUGAGAAGACUCACUCAGAGAGAUCGUUAUCGGCACAUUUUAUGUUGACAUUUUACAUCCUUUCAGGGGGACAUUUGUAGGAGAUCAAGACUAAUGUUUAGUGUCCUAGUGGCCAAUUGGCUUUAUAAUGGGGGCAACUAUGUAGCCAUUUUGCCAAGUUAGAUUUGCACUGUUGCCAACGCAUGGUAACAUCCAUUGACUAACUUGCUCUGUACCAGAUCCCGAGGCAGGCAGAGGUCUUCUUGCAGGGGAAGAUUGCUGGGAGAGAUGGCUCAGCGCUGCCCACAGUUGCUUCUGGGAGGACUUCUCAAGGCACAAUUCAUGCUCUUUAGAACUCUCAUUCCAUUAUUUUAAGCAUGUGAAGGGGUAGACACAUGCAUAGGCUUUGCGAUGUGCGGCCCAGGAUAGAGUAUUGUGUUCUUUGAGUCCUUUACUCAACCCAUAGCGAUCACGUCUCAGAAACAUUUCAGAGUGAUGUGUUGUGGGAAAUGUUCAUGACUUUGUGUGUAAUGCCUGUGCCAGGCAUAGAGUACAUGCCUAAUAGAAGUGUGGCGACUGAACCAUGUGAAGGCACACAUCCAUCAGCCACAUUCUGCAGUCACACAGCUGAGACUGACACAGGCAAAGAGUCUAACAAUCCUUCAUUUUGCUGGAGCAUAAAGUUUACAUAAUUUGUCCGUGUCGAUUGAGCUCAGAACUUGGGAAUCGGCCUCAGGGAUUUCCUCUGUGUUAAAGAAAACUCCACUGAUGUUUGCCUGUAGGGAGUGGCUGCUCCGAGCUUUGCUCUACUAACUGCCACCAUGUCUUGUUGUAAAGUGAGAGGGGAUGAGAAAGGUGUCAGACAUGAAGGUGGCCGUUUCAUAUCACAGCUGUGCCAUAGAAGUGUCGUUACAAUCAACAACCCUGUAAAUUGACUAAUGAGGCACAAAAAAAAAAAAAAAUCCACUCAUACCUAAUUAAAAACGGUGGUGACUUAGACUGCACUUAGUUCAUCGUAUUUCAACCACCAAGGUGCUACUCCAGAGUCGGGAGCUCACUCUACCAUGUCCUGGUUUGUUAUGCUUGUCUCUGAAGAACGUGGGGCAGGGAUGCUUGGUAGGUGGUUUGGGCAACCUUUCUGCUGUCCUUGAAUCUUCUGUCCCUUCAGAUUUUAAUCAUUUGUUGAGUAACUUUUAUGAGGUACUGCUUAUCAAUUAUGUUGCUUGCCCAGAUCAUCAACUCUUCUAUUUCAGAGAGAGAGAGAGAGAGAGAGAGAGAGAGAGAGAGAGAGAGAGAGAGAGAGAGAAAUACAUUUUGUGGGCCACGGAGUGAGGAAUGUGGGUUGAAGUUCCACAUUACCUUCCCCGGAGCAUUUGCUCUGGAAUAUUUUAGGCAAAGCCUUGGCCUUCUGAACCUCAAUUGUCCUUGUGCAGAAUGGGGAUUAUAAUACUAUUUGUGGCACAUAAAUACUAAAGGAAAAUAGUGUGUCACUCAGAUUAUUCUUAGGCAAGAAUUUAGGGAAAGUCGGAUUUUCUUUAAUAUGCAUUUAUUCAUCCGAAUCUAAGAUUCAAAGCCAAAGAACAUAUUUGGCUUUUCUUUAGACUUAAUUUAUAUGCUCAUGGAUUCAAAGUGAAAACACCACUUCAUCUGCAGAUGAAAGGAGGAAAACCUUAAAGCUACGCUACACCAUUGACAUCGGGUAGCGUAUUUUAAACCAUCGCUGCGAAGACCUUGAUAAUGAAUGGUAAAGAUAAGAGCCCAUUAGCUAGGUUCUUCAUAGUUUAUGGUCUAAAAUAAUAUAUUGCUUUUCUACUUUUAAUGAGAAAACCUCAUGUACAACAUAAAGACCACUCUAGGAAGCUUUUAUUGACUCAAAAACUGUAUAUUCUUUUCUAGGAGAAGGCUGCUUCCCAAACCACAUUCUUUCCGAACUCUGGAAAAUAUAUCUCUUUGACCGAAAAGGUCAAAGACCUUAGUAGGCGCAAACAUCUAGGCCACAAAGCAGAAUUAAAUGGUAAAUGGAAAUUAGCUCCCAAGCCAAGUUAAUUCACAGCAUCGCUGGUUCACCUGUGUGGAAGACUCUUCCUGGAGCACUGCCACCUCACGGUGCUUAGGCCCAUGUGAUUCCAAGGUCUCUCUUUCUUGAGCCCUGCAAUUAAAUUUUAACAAGCCUUUAAGUGUUAAACAAUAGGGUACAUUUCACAUUAAGAAAAUAUAACCUUGGAAAUAUCUAAUGUCACUAGUUCAUACUAAUUGAUAUUUUUAAAGAAGGGGGAACAACCCCCCCUCAUACCUUUGUUAGUCAAGAGUAGACCAAGGAAAAUAGUGUGUUUCAUAAGCUCAAUUUUUCUUUUACAAAAUAGAUGAAAAGCUUCGAGAGCCAAUCAAGCAUUACCAAUAGAAUGGAAUUCAUAUAUAUGUAUGUGUAUACAUAUAUAUGAGUAUAUAUUUACAUAUGUGUGUGUGCAUAUGGAAAGGAACUGACAAUAAUACAAGGAAGAAAUAUCAUCUACUUUUGACUGAUUUAUCAGGAUAAUUAAGCUAAUUCUUUAUUUCUGUAGCUGAAGGUGGAGAGGAUGACCAUAGUGAGGAAGCCAUAGGUAAGCUUAGUUGUUUGCUCAGCUCUGCAGCAAAACAUCAUUCCCCGGACUAUGCUGCUGCUCUGUCCAUUGAGGCGGUGACUUAAGACGUACGGUAGUAACAGUAGCCAACUAAAAUGUUUCCCUGAUAACUUUGAAGACGUAGAUGAUCAAGGCCCUUCUCUUGAGCAAAUCAGUAGAAGGCAGCUUAUUAUCAGAAGUAAAUGGGAAAAAGAUAGUGAAUACAUCCAUCAGGACCUUGGUUCGGUUGAACACUUGGCCUGACACUUCCACAUGGCUACCCAAGCAGGACACCCACGGCUCCAAACUCCCAUAUUUGGCCUUGACCCUGUCAGUUUGUAUAACAGGAGCUUGUUACUGUCUCAUUUUAGUAUUUAUAAGCUUGGAAUACUGGGGCAUAUUGGUAGGGUGGCAAUAUAGUCUAUAACCAUACCAGGGCAUACCCACCAUUCUGAUGCUUUUAGAGCUGUAUUUAUGGACACAUGGCCUACAGUGAGCAAACAGCAGCCUAUUACCUGUCAUCCCAGAGAUGCUACUCCGGUUAGACUUGCAAGAGUUUUAAUACAGAUGCAGCAGUGAUAGGCACCCAAGUUACCGAAAUGCCCCUCUUAAAGCAAACAAACAAAAUAACAACAAAAACCAAACAGGUCCUCAGAGCAACUGCUGUUAAAUUGUACAGACAGUCUUGUCAGCACUUGAGGCCUUGGCUUCAGGCUUCUUCCACACUUUGCCUAAUUGGAACCAUGGCUGACUUCAGAUAUUGUUUGCGAUUUUGCUCUUUUAAUUUAGUGACAGGGUCCUGCUGUGGGAGCCUAUGUCGGGCUCACGAUCUACCCAUUUCAUCCACCUAAGUGCCAGGAUUAUAUGCGUGGACUCCCACAUUCAAUUGUACACACGACUGUUUUAUAUGCUAUAGAAUUAAGGACAUGGCCCUUGGGUGUAUAUUUUUAAAAGAUUAUGUGUUGCCAUCCUCACCAAAUUCCUUUUGCCGAUACCAUAGUCAGCUUGUUAAUAACGUGCGUUCCCCCGCCCCCCGGGGAGGAAGAGUAGAGGUGCAGGUGUAUGCGCAGAGAGAGGAGACAAGAACAGAUGGUGCCGACCUCAGAACCGAAGGAGGGUUCUCUAAAAUAAUAGCUUCAACACGUGUAAACAUUUUUGUUGUUGUUACUAUAAAGGCCCGGUUUCUAUAUUAAGUUGUGAGGAGGUUUUAGCUGCCAUUCAGUCGUUCUUCCGCUACGACUGUAAUAAGCCCCAGUGGCUUCUUUAACAGGCACAUCUACACAUCCUGUUAGAAUUUCCAAUUACGAUUUUCCCAUUAGCAAACAAAACCGAAAAUUAAUGGCAGCCCCGCCCCCCAAAGCCUAAGCCAUAUCACUAAUGAACUCUCAAAGAAAAUUCUCCAUGCAAAAAAAAAAAAAAAAAAAUAAGGUGGAAAUGAGUGCAAUAAUCCAAAUGUGGAAAUAAGGCAAAGGCUUUCCAAGACGCAGGACGUUUUUGCCUCCCAUUAGCUUCCCCAACGCCCUGCACGCAAUCUGACAUUCUGAAAUUCACAUUUAUUUUAUACUCUUCCCCUGACUCAUAUUGGACAGACAUGGCAGCUACUGGCUGUCAGGCUCUGGCUUAGAUUUAACAUGUUGUUGUUAAGGAAAGUGUUCGGUUGCUUUGCCAUAGGUAGUCUGGUCAUAUGUGGUGAUCAUAAAUAAAUUCAGCAAAUUGCAGAGCCCUUUUGAGUUCUGAUCUCUGUCCAUCCCUAACAAAUCAUAAUUCCCUCCAGUGCUGGCUGCAGUUUCAAUCCUUGGCUUCCAUGCCGGGAGGCAGAUUUACCUGGAGGAUUUGGGAUUAUCACGAACGACUAUCGUAUCGCCCUCACUCUGGAGCGUGCUGCCUUCACUUAGGUUUUAAAGGGCAGAUAAGAUUUGAAUAUACGAUGCCCAAUAGCUUUAAUGUGGUUACCAUCAAACCUCAAAACAGAAUGUUCCAGCAGAGCUCCUGGAGUCCUUCAAACAUGGAUUCCCAUUGGUGUUCUGGAUAAUUUACUAACUACCUACUGGCCUCCUGGGAAGUCGGGGUAGAAAUAAGUGCCUGAAAGUCACUGUGUUAGUUUCCUGAGAGAAUGUAGGUAAAGUUCCUCCAGUGCCUAAGCCCAGCUGCCAGGCUGAGACUCUCCUCGCCAUGUUUGUGUCUCCUCUAUGCCUUAUACCUCUGUGCUGAUACAAGGACACAACCAAGCAAGCAGCCUGUAAGCGAAUUAAGAUGAUGUGUCUUCUUGAAAUGUGAUUAGCAUAUAAUAUAGUAGUCAGUCUGUGUUAUGUAUUCUUGCAAUGUAGUUAGGAUGUAGAAUAUGGUGACGAGCCAUCAGCAGUACCCAGAGGGAGGACAGCAAUGCUUACUGCAAACUUGGCGUUUGUGCCAGGUCCAAGUAUGAUUUAUAUCGAGUCAAUUUCCCUAACAGUUGUGUGAUUUAGGCAUCAUUAUUAGCCUGAGCUUAUAGAUGAAACACUGCUUGAGUGGAUGUGACCUGACAGCCCUGGUCAUCCAGUUUCUGGAAUAGUUUUCUCAGGGCUUUGCUGAUUAGAGUGAGUAGGGAAACUGGGGGAAAUAGGUCCCUCUCUGAGCUUAGAGAAUGAAUCGUGAGGCUUCAAAGCAGGAAGUUGGGACCCACACUGUCUAGUAGGCAGUUGAUAGUUACUUUCAGCGCAUGAAAUGAGGUCCACACACCAGGCUCAGCCCCAGCUCUCUCAGCUCUCCCACCUACUAGAUGUGUUAAUGGUAUAUCAUUUACCUUCUCUGUGCCUUGCAUACAGAAAUUACCUCAUAUGCAAUUGUAGGAAUACAAUGUGCUGAUGCAUGGAAAAGGCUCAAAGAGUCUCCUGUGUGUAAUAAGCUUUCUGUAUGCCUUGGAGUGUGCGAAUUGGGGCGGGAGGGCUAAUGACACUUAAGAGGUACACCUGAUUAUAGAGGCCAAGAAGGAGGUGCUGUCACAGUAAGUCCAAGCUCAGGGUUAAGACGGUGAGAAAGAUUACUCACAAUAGCAUAAGCAACGAGGAAAACAAGGUGGUUGGCAUUAAUUCAUUGCGGCAUUAUCUGCAGUAACAAAAGAUGGUUAAAAGCCCCAAGCCUCCCAUCAAUAGAAGGCUGAUCACAUUCAUCUACCAGACCCUUAGGGCAGCCAGAGAAUGAGGUGUGUAUUGAAGUAGCAUAAAGCUGCCUUUGGUGUGUGCUGCUAAAUGGAAAGCUAUAUAGUACAUGCAAACAUUUUCUAAAGAAGUACAGAGGUGGUAAACACACACAUGCACACGCACAGAUGCACAUGCACUCGGAUGCAUAUGGACUUCCUCUAGAAAAAAGUAACAAGAAUCUCUACGGCUCUGAGAGAUGCACUUCUGAGACCCAGGUGAGAGGAGCAUUAUGGUGGAUCUUCCAGUACUGUUUGAAUUUGAAGCUUGUAAAUCUAAAUACAUAACACAUAUAAAAUGUGGUGGUGCAUGCAAAGGGCCCAAAGAGAGAGAGAGAGAGAGAGUGUGUGUGUGUGUGUGUGUGUGUGUGUGUGUGUUGUGGGGUGCAGGAGGACUAGUGACACUGAAGAGGUUCUCCUGAUUAUAGAGGCCAAGAAGGAGGUGCGGUCGCCGUGAGUCCAAGCUAAGAAAGACGGCUCACAGUACCGUAAGCAAGGAGAAAAAUAAAGUUGUUGGCAUUAAUUCAUUGCAGCAUUAGCUACAAAGUUUCAAAGUUAGCCUCCAAAGGGGAGAUGUGAAGAACUAGGUGCCCGAGAGGAGAUGCCUGAGGGGUGUGGUCACGGGAUGCUCAAGAUUAGGCUUCUCAGACAAACGACUACUGAGCUACUUUUAUUUGCUUUAAUUUUGAGAAAAGGAAAUAGAUACUAAGUCAUAUUUUAAAAAAAUAUCCCAGAUAAUGAAAUUCCAUGGCCAUCUGAGCAGGUCCAGGUGAGCAUUUCCCAGAGCUGUCCAGAACUAAAGAAGGCUAUAAAAUUUAGCUCUCUGUUUAGAAAACUACACUGUGGUUAUGGAAGUAGAUAUGCAAAUCUGUGCUUCAAGGAUGUCAUGAGGCUGGUGACAGAGGAAUCAGGUAGGGUAGCUUUUUAAGCCUUCAGGCACAGAAGUAGCAUUGGCUCCAGUCUAGGAAAAUCUCUCUAGCCCACAGAAGACUAGGAUGCGAGCAGUUUGAUGGGGAGAGGGUCAGGAGGUAGGUGUGCCAAUAUGUUUGUAUAUGUUCAGGUCAGUGAGUCACCUUCCAGAGUUGGGGACUAAGCACCUACUUGAGAAAAUGUCACAAUGUCUCUUUGAUCAGGGAUAAAGGUUUUCAUAUGUAAAUCGACUUGUUCUGCAAACAAGUUUGCAAAGAAUGCUAGUUGACUCCUAAGGUAGGAUACAUUGUUAUUGAAGAAAUAAUUGUGCGAGGAAGAUAUAAUAGACAGAAACAGGGAACUUAAGGAUGCCUGAGAGUAACUUGCAACCUGGCUGAGGCUGGGAACCUAGGAGAAGCAUUCUUUUUGUAGAGAACUCGAGAAGCAUCAGGCAUCAAGCUCAGAUCCUGGGCUUUAGUCUCAUUCCUGUAUCCUUCCUGCCUGCAGCUUCAGCAACUGGCCGUUGCCCCCGGCCACUACCCAGAGUCUGUUGGACUUAGCAGACAAACUGUAUUCAGUAUCACCAUGAGCUUUAUGUCUCACAACUUCUGCUUCUGGCCAGGCAGUCACCGAUUCUCACGUGGGCCUUGCUUCAUGACAGACCAGGGAUAGUGUGCAGAACUGCUCAGAUGAAGGGAGAAAGCUCACUUUCCUGAAUGAUGGGGAAAGUAACCGUCUUUUCGAUAGUGCCUCUGUUGUCACCGGAGCAGCUAUCCUGUUGACCAGACAGGGGUUCCCUCCCGGCAUCUCUUUCUCAGUCACCUUGAGUCUGGCCUAAUCAAAGACUGAGGUUAUGAAGUCGAUCCUAGAUGGCCUUGCAGACACCACCUUCCGUACCAUCACCACAGACCUCCUCUACGUGGGCUCGAAUGACAUUCAGUAUGAAGAUAUCAAAGGAGACAUGGCAUCCAAAUUAGGAUACUUCCCACAGAAAUUCCCUCUAACUUCCUUCAGGGGUAGUCCCUUCCAAGAAAAGAUGACCGCAGGAGACAACUCCCCGUUGGUCCCAGCAGGAGACACAACAAACAUUACAGAGUUCUAUAACAAGUCUCUCUCGUCGUUCAAGGAGAAUGAGGAGAACAUCCAGUGUGGGGAGAACUUUAUGGACAUGGAGUGCUUUAUGAUUCUGAAUCCCAGCCAGCAGCUGGCCAUCGCUGUACUGUCCCUCACACUGGGCACCUUCACGGUUCUGGAGAACCUACUGGUGCUGUGUGUCAUCCUGCACUCCCGCAGUCUCCGAUGCAGGCCUUCCUACCACUUCAUCGGCAGCCUGGCAGUGGCCGACCUCCUGGGAAGUGUCAUUUUUGUGUACAGCUUUGUUGACUUCCAUGUAUUCCACCGUAAAGACAGCCCCAAUGUGUUUCUGUUCAAACUGGGUGGGGUUACAGCCUCCUUCACAGCUUCUGUGGGCAGCCUGUUCCUCACAGCCAUCGACAGGUACAUAUCCAUUCACAGGCCUCUGGCCUAUAAGAGGAUCGUCACCAGGCCCAAGGCCGUUGUGGCCUUUUGCCUGAUGUGGACUAUCGCAAUAGUAAUCGCUGUGUUGCCUCUCCUGGGCUGGAACUGCAAGAAGCUGCAAUCUGUUUGCUCGGACAUUUUCCCACUCAUUGACGAGACCUACCUGAUGUUCUGGAUUGGGGUGACCAGUGUGCUGCUGCUGUUCAUUGUGUACGCGUACAUGUACAUUCUCUGGAAGGCUCACAGCCAUGCGGUCCGCAUGAUUCAGCGUGGGACCCAGAAGAGCAUCAUCAUCCACACGUCAGAAGACGGCAAGGUGCAGGUGACCCGGCCUGACCAAGCCCGCAUGGACAUUAGGCUGGCCAAAACCCUGGUUCUGAUCCUGGUGGUGUUGAUCAUCUGCUGGGGCCCUCUGCUUGCGAUCAUGGUGUAUGACGUCUUCGGGAAGAUGAACAAGCUUAUCAAGACGGUGUUUGCCUUCUGCAGUAUGCUCUGCCUGCUGAACUCCACCGUGAACCCCAUCAUCUAUGCUCUGAGGAGCAAGGACCUGAGACAUGCUUUCCGAAGCAUGUUCCCUUCGUGCGAAGGCACCGCACAGCCUCUAGACAACAGCAUGGGGGACUCAGACUGCCUGCACAAGCACGCCAACAACACAGCCAGCAUGCACAGGGCCGCGGAGAGCUGCAUCAAGAGCACCGUUAAGAUCGCGAAGGUGACCAUGUCUGUGUCCACAGACACGUCCGCCGAGGCUCUGUGAGCCUGCUGCUUUUGUGGCUGCACAGAAAAAGAAAAAAAGUUUUUCUUUAGCUUAAAACUUAGAAGUCUGUUGUCUCAUCGGUUACAUAUAUAUUUUUAAGUUUACCGUGUUUAGUAAAAUAGUGACUGUCACCGUGCUUACUGAGUUUGCUGACAUCUCAAUAGCUUAGGUACUUAAACUCCAUUUCCCAGGGGUUUACAGUGUAGAAAGCCUAUUGCUUCAGUUACUCGGUGGUCCUUCAAAGUCUCUGAAAUAGAAGGGAAAACUUUGGCUUCCAAAUCCGAAGCCUAACUAUCCAUAGAAAAUCACCAUGAAAUGAGUAAUAACCUUUGUAACCACAACUUUCAUGAUGCUGUGUCUGUCCACAGUAUUAAAGAGGUACAUUUUUACCAUAAGUAUAGUGCUAAAGUAGAGAAACUUUGUAACCUGUUUUCUGUCCCCUGUUAGUUGUGUGUUGUGUCAGUGUUUAAUAUGUCAGUUUAUUUAUUUAUUUAUUUUUGUCUAGCUUAGCAAAACCAGAAUGUAGCCCUCAUAAGAGCGAUGGCAUACAAGAGUGAUUGUGUAGCAGGGCGACCCCUGUUUAGAUAGUAUUACUGUCCAUGAUACGAUUUUAGAAACCUUAGUAUUUCUUCCAAUAUCCGUAUCUAAAGUUAAUAUUGACAUAAGCAUAAAGGUUUAUUUUUCUGUUAAAACAACAAGAAGAAUUUGAAGACUGUUCAAAGUAUUGAGCAGAAUUCAUGGACACUUAAAACUGUGUUAGGCCUGCAUUUUCGUAGGAGGACAUUUCAAUAUCUUCUGGACCACAGCUGUUCAGUUGGGUAAUGGAUUGUGAUCAGAAUGGAAAAGAGAAAGUAACACUGACUUUCAAAGCUGACGCCCUGACUUUCUGCAGUCGUUAGCUAUAACUGGACCUCUUAAGACAGCAUGUGUCAACCUUAGUGUAUACUGUUAUCACUGUGGAGUUGCUGUUCACCUGCCGUGUAUCGCAUCGUUAUGUUCUGGAUUUAAAUAGAUUUCAGGCCCGGAUGGCCAAAAGACAGUUUGUCUUCUCCUUAAUUGAGAAGAGACAUUGUCUGGCUUAGUAAAAUUGUGAGUGUGAUUGUAAAUGUGUAUGUGUGUGUAUGUGUGUGUAUGUGUGUGUGUGCAUGUGUGUGUAUUCUAUCUUGCAACUGUUACAGCCAUGUCCCCACAGGAGAAAAACCGACCAAGUGUGAGACGUACCCCUUGCUGCACCCUUGCACAUGGAUUUAGUUGCUGCAAUUGAGCUCUUUGUGAAAUCCUGUUUAUAAAAAUUCUGACUGAAACUUCUCAGGAGUCUUCCCACCUAGGAGAUUGGGUUGAGAAUUCUCGUGACGUUUAGGUGUUCUGUAAGGCCAGCAGCGUUCAGCAAGAAGUAAUCAGUAAGAGGUGCUGGAAAGUAGAGGAGUCUCCCAGGGAGAGGAGAGUGUGGGGGAUGGUGGGCGCCUACUAUUAAUCAAAGUCCUUGCAAAUGGAAAUCAGUAAAGGGGGAUGGUUCUACGGCCUUCUUCAACCCCACCCCCACCCCCACAGUAGCAAGUUUCAAUGGUGCACAUCAGCAGUGCAAUCUCAGGUUAAGGAGCACCAUGCCAGUUACCAGGGCCAGGCCAUUUCAUGACAGAGGAUGAGUAGGACAGAGGAUAUAUAUAACAAAUGGGCAGUGAAAACCUGGUGACGGCCCAGUACCUGGCUCUGUUUAGAUGUUUGGGCAAAGCAAAAGGCAGUGCCUCUGCCUGCUGGUACCAAGAUGUGCCAAAACAUAAGGACAAGGGUGGCUAGCUUCGGUUCGACAUCUCUGCCAUGGUGCUCAAAAUUUGGGCCCUUUUUCCGAUAAAGAGAAGUAUUGCUUUUAAGAAGCCACUCACUCCUGAUAAAUUCUAUGUAGAGUCUCUCCUCAUACAGGUUCUCCCCCGUCCUGAGGACUGCAUAGCAUGAAGUGGAGAGCUAGUAUAUGCCUGUGAUUUCUAGUGUUUGGGGUUCCCAGUCUGAUGGGGCAGUGCCCCUUCUUGCAAUCAAUGUGACCUGAGGGCCAAGCUAGGAUAUAUCUAGAUUUUUUUUCCAGCUGAGUCUCUUGCUUUUCUUCUCUGUGCACAGAGGAGGACUCAAGAUGCUGGAGGAUUAGUAACUCCAUAGAGAAGGGUAUUGAUAGAAUACCACCAGGGGCUAGGAAUUGCCAGCCUCAUCCUACAUCCACCUGAAUAUCAAUCAUGUCUCUAGCUACCAGGCUGUACCACCUCUUCUCACAGCUACAAAGACCUGGUAGGACAUUCUAGGUAUAGUUAUUAAAAAAAAAAUCCAAGAUUCACUUUUAGAACUGUAUUUGUGUAAAUGCCAUUUUAGUGAUAAGAUUUUAUAGUGUAUUGAACUUUCAAGACCUAACUCAUAUUUAAUAAGCUAAGGGACAAUGGGGCUGAUAGCACUAAACUUGGUGCUUAUUGAUACUCUAAGAAAUAUCUGUGAAAUAUCAUCAUGUGUGCGUUAAGCUACCUUCAUUUAAAGGGACUUAAAAUUAGGUGGAUCCACUUUGGCUUUUCCCAUAUCAUUUCCUAACCAUAUUGACCAAAACCUUUUCCCCAGUGAGUAUUAGUCAUUAGAAUUACAUUCAUUAGUAUCAUUCAUUAACCAGCCCCUUAAUUAGAUUCAUUAAUUUAAAUGAUUUUAAUUUAAUCAUUUAUACACUCUGGCAUCAGGGUUAUCUACUUCCCUCUGACGUUUGUCCUUAACAUGCAUUCUUCGGCCAUUGCUCAUCUUUAAAGGGGGCUAAUUCCCAAACUACUUAACUUUGUCCAAAUAAAGACUGAGUCCUAGACUAUCAGUAUCAUUUAAACAAAGAAAGCAGUCUCUAAGAGCUCCUAGAUUUACCCCUAUGUAUUAAAUAUAUGUAAAAAUAAAUGUGCAUCUGGGCAGCUUAGACAUAAGUCUGUGCCAGAUGUCUCCAAAGCUGUCUGAUACUUAACUUUCAGGCUUAGCUGGUAUCAAAUGCCAAGGAAUUUUUGCUACCUAAACCCAUCUGCAGGAAAUAGGCCCAACUACCAGAUGAGAACUAGGUCUCUAGUUACCAUUCAUUUCAUUCAUUUCUGCCAUUCCAUAUCCAUAAACAGCACCACUAACAUCAUGCACAAGAUUAGAUUCCUAAUAUUCUUGACUGUAUAUUUGUAUGAUAUUUUAAAACCUCCUAAAUGGCCAUUCACAGUUGCUUUGCACUGGCCUUCUGAUAAAAUGUUAACACACCUAUUGUAAUAUACAAAAAACAUUCUAUCUACUGAUUUGGACUGAAUGUAUGUACAUAGGCUUUACAAAAAAGUCAGACGUCGAAGCAGUGGUUUACAGAUCAGUGAUUUUCAGAUAGAGUUUCUUUCAGUUGCCGUGGAAUCUUUCAAAAGCACUCUUAGUGUGAACUUAAUGAACUCUAGGGGUCCUGGUGAUCAGAGUCGCCUAGAGAGGAAACCUUUCCUUUUAUUAAUAUGAAGCAAGAUACCAGACUAUCUUGAUUCUCACUUCCAGUGUUUCAAGUGGAAAACGUAUUUCCUUGUUGUCUCUGUAAAUGGAACAUCCUUAAUUUUCCUCUUAAAGAAUAUUGUACUGUUAGAUGUUUGUUGAACUGGUAGCAUCAUUGAGACUGCUGUGAUGUCUUUGUCAGUAAUCUGUAUAAUAUUUUGUAUACAAGUACUGGUAAGAUUGUUAUUAAGUGUAGCUCCAGUCAUUAAAUUACUAUAGCAAAGUAGUACUUCUGUAAUAUUUACAAUGUAUUAAGCCUACAGUAUAUUUUAUUUCAUUGAUGUAAUUUUAUUGUUAUUUAUUCAAGAGAAAGCAGUUCAUCAUGUCUAUUGUCUAAAAUUACCUGGAAUCAAAUAAAAGUUCUAGAUUAUCACGAAAAACCAUAAAA